GAUCUUUCUCCAGCGCAUAUCCUAUUUUCUUCCUCCUCCUUUCGCCGUACCACCAGAGAGUGCUGGAAGAAGCCAUGGAUCCCGGCGGCCGGGCAGAGGCGGAGCGGUGCCUGGCGAUCGCGGAAAAGCUCCUCGCGGCGCGGGACCUCGUAGGGAGCAAGCGGUUCGCGGAGCGGUCUUUGGAGGCGGACCCCCUCAUCGACGGCGUCGACCAGAUACUCGCCGUCGCCGACGUUCUCCUCGACUCCCAGCGCCGCGUCAACAAUCACAUCGACUGGUACGCCGUCCUCCAGCUCCCUUCCUCCCCCGAUGGCCGCGACCCCUCCGCUGUCAAGCUAGCCUACCGCCGCCUCGCCCUUCUCCUCCAUCCCGAUCGCAACCGCUCCCCUGGCGCUGAUGCCGCCUUCCGCCUCGUCUGCGACGCCUGGUCCGUCCUUUCCGAUCCCUCCAAGAAGUCCCUCUUCGACGCCGAGCUCCACAUCGCCGCCUCUGCCGCCUCCAAACCCUCCCCAUUCUCUGCCGCCGCCGGCGACUCCGCGGCCACCACCUUCUGGACCGCCUGCACCUUCUGCUGCCGGCUGCACCAGUAUGCCCGCGCCUACCUGAACUGCUCCCUCCGCUGCCCCAACUGCCGCCGGGCGUUCAACGCCGCCGAGAUCACCGCUCCGCCGCCCAUCGUCCCCGGUACCGACAUGUACUACUGCUCCUGGGGCUUCUUCCCCCUAGGUUUUCCCGGCGGGCCGGGCUUCGGCGGCACCCCGGAUCUCAGUAGCGGGUGGAAGCCCUUCCAUCCGAUGUUCCCGAGGUCCGGGAACCACCCCUCGCAGCCGCCCCCCGACAACCAGCAGGGCCCCCGAAAUGGGCCCAGCGAGACACCGCAGGAUAAUGAGAGGAGGGAAAAUGCGAUGAAGCCCCAGUGGACGACAGCGCCGGCCGCGAGGAAUAAGAAGAAGAUGGCGAGGAAGAAGGUUGGUGGGGACCUAAAGAAGAGGACUUGGAACACAGAGAGUGAGGGGAAGGGUGGCAACGAGGCUGAGCCAGCGAUGCUUGGCCCUGAGGUAUUGGAGGGCAGUAGGGCGAAGGCUGCCACCAUUGAUGUUGAUGAAGAAGUAGAGUUCAGAGACAUUAAUAUUAACGAAGCAGCCAAGGGUUCGGAGGGCAAUGCUGAGAUUGUGGGAGAUGAAGGGGACACGAUGAACUUUCAUAUCGACAUGGAUGCUACAGAUGAGCUCCUGGGUAAUCUUCAAAGCCUUCCCUUCUUGAAGGAGGAAGAGAUUCCAGGGCAUAUGCCGUAAUAACUGUUGUAGUAAUAGGGAGCAAACUCAUGGGGCAGAAUAGAUGGUAGUUGUGAUGUGUUUUGCUUAUGGGGUCGGAAAUGUUGUAUUCUAAAUGGCCCUUGACUACAUCCUAGAAUGUACAAUUGUGAUGACGUGAUUUUCUUUUUCAAAAUUUUUGAUGGCUGAGGUUCGGUUAAGCCACUCCUGUGGUAUUUCAAGUUUUAAGUCAACCAUUCUCAAGUUUGGAUAUCAGAGAUCACUGCCUGCUUAGGUGGGAAAAGUGCAGUUGUCUCUGAACCGUUUUGGUUCAGGGGAAUUUUCUAUUACAACUCAGUACUUCUUCCCUCAUGCUGCGGUAAAUGUGAGGAAUCAUAAUGGUAUCUGUUAAGCUUUAAAUUCUCUUCUUUACUU